AUGGAAUCGAAAACUAAUGAGGCGCAUCUCUUUUUGUCGAGUGUUUCUGGGGUAUCAAGUCCUCAAGCGAGAACUCUCUUCGCUAGUCGUCACGCUACGCACUCUCAAAUUCCCGUUUCACUUCCUACCAACUACAACGUUGCUGGGGAUAAUUACAACAACUGUUCGGUUAGGCCAAUAGUCUCUUCUUGCAAACGGAAGUUAAGUUCAUCGCCUCCUGCUGCGAAUGAUCGAACAAUGGAGGGACUUUCGAAUGGCAGUCCUACCGCUCUCAAAAGUUAUAAUCAGCCAUCACCGGCAAAGCGCGUUUGUCAAAACAACUCGCAGCCGGAGGUGCGAAUGGUCGCCGCAACUGUAUCGAGCAUCGCGCCAAGUCAGUCUGCAACGAUUGCCCUCGUGAAUAAUGUUCAGUCUGUACAAGCUUCUGGAGAUGUUGUUUCCACUGUAGCAGCUGACCUGGCACCACCCCCACCUCUUGUGGCAUCCGAUUAUGAACGUUCGAACUCUGGUAAAAUCGAACAAGUAAUUGAGCACGUGCUUGAGCUGGCGCGAAGCGAUGAGCCACAUGAGGACGUUUUCGUGCUGCCCGUUCGGACUCGAGAAUUCAUUCCAAUGCCCUCACCCAUAAACCAGGAGAGUACUCCCAGUUCCAGUCUUAACACAUCACCCCCGGGAUCCCCAUCCAGUUCUCCGCGUCUUAUUUCUCCCGCAUUUUCAAAUUCCACAGCUUCCUCUAACCCGAUGGUCAUUACAGCUCAUACAUUUCCCCGAUGCGCACCAGUAGAUCAAGUUCCGUCCGGAAUUUCACUGCAUCAGCGUCCUGCACCCACCGUACCACCCGCUGGGAUUACUGAUUUGCAACGGGAGAGGCUACGUUUACAGGCUUUACACGAAUCCAAUGUACAGGUGCCCGGAACAAACGCAUCUCCGGCAGUUACAAUGUUAAUGAAAACUGCAGCGACUGCAGAUUCUCUUGAAACGUCUUUCAUGCAACCCAAGGGAAUAACUCAGAGUGGUUACUUUGAUUCUGCGAGUGCGGGUGUUCAGUCGCAAGGGUGUGUUCCACGCCAGAUUCUCUCAAAGGUCUCAAUGGCCGUCACAGAGACGAAGAUUCUCCCAGUCCAACAAUCGGAGAUGCAGAAGCAACAAAUGAAUCAACAAAAUCAAAGUCUUCAACCAAGAGUGUUUGCGUACAUCCCUCAGCGUCAAAUUUAUGACUCGGCAAACUCUGUCUUUACCGUUCCUACCACUGUUCAACCCAGACCGAACAUAUCACCUCAAAUUGCUGUGAAAAAGGAUUCCACCGUAGAAUUCGCAAGUCAAAUUACCUAUCCUCCCCAUGGAGUAGCUACUUCUAAUGGUGUCACUCAAGUGGUCCCCUCAGCCAAACAACCUGGUUUAACUCCCGUCCAUGCGAUGCAGUAUUCGGACGUGUCUCCAAAAUCCACUGCCGGAACAACUUCAGGAAGGAAACGUCCUCCGUCGUCCUCAAAAAGGAAGAAGUCGUUGUCGGGCCAUCAAAGCAUACCACAAGGAACUAAAGUGUCAAUCCCUGCUGGUCCUAUGACUUUUGUUCGGAAUCCUCUCGUGGCUCCUCAAGGCAUGGACUUCGCACAGCAAGUGCAGCCACCCAUACGGCAGCCAACAGCGUCACAGGAAGCCAUGAACAAACUGGUUUAUUUCGAUUCAAAGAAGUUUUUGUCUGAUCCUGCUCUGGAGGCAUUCGCAUCUGCUCUCCCUCCGAUAGGUAGUCCUGCGUGCUCUACGAUUUCAUCAGGUGAUGAGUCCUGGCUUAGUAAUUGUGGAAUAAAGUACAGAUGCAGCGGCCUCGCCUUGAAGGCUGUUCGCCCUUCUGAACUUGGUGACACUCCGACAGAAUUGAGUGAUCUAUAUCUCUACCAAUUUCUGCCGCAGGCUCUAACUCGUCCGACGGUGCAGCGCGCUACUCAUACUGCAAAAAAUAAUGAGAUCCCAUCUCGCGUCUGUGUGUCUCCUGAACCAGUGACUCUGGAUAACCGAAUGCGGUCUUUUUGGACGACGCUACGACACAGUGAUUCUCCGGCUGCGGUGGAUUCUGGUUCGGCUGCUGAUAGUGGUGAUUCUUGUUCAAUCUUAUUGAUGCUGAAGACGCCUUGUUCACCGUCCGAGGGCCCAGCAGAAAGCAGGACUCCUCCCCUUCAACUUUAUCAUAUUCCUAACACUUGUUUGCUUAAGGCUACACAACAACCUCAUCGAAUUUCCAACGCCACUGAUGCUUCCUCGACUGACAGCGAAGUUGGCGAACCGGUUGGAAGCGGUCAUGAGAAGCUACCUGCCAAACCUGACUCCCGUAUAGUUUUCAGUGUCAGUCCUCCUCACUUCGAAGAUGUUCCGAGGCUUCUCAAGUAUUUGUGUGAUCAUGUUGGAAUAAGCCAAAAUCAUGUCACGUAUAACAAGGGUGAGGUCAUUAUUCAAAAUCCGGAGGGUUCUUCACAUUCCGAAGACCAGCUGCGUGAAUUUGGGAACCAGUUGAAAAUAUACUUUUCAAGUGUGUCCGUUCGGGUUGAGUCGUCGGCAUCCACCAGCGCCAAAACAGAAGAAAGCAGUGACUUUUCAAGUCAAAUUAAAUUGUUUGCUGAGCUGCAGAAAGAGAAGACUGAAGAUCCCAUUAUGCAAAAUUCGAUUCCUCCUAAACACAAGGAGGAGACUAUUAACAUCGCCUCCAUAAUUUCCCAGAAAAGGAUGAUUGGUGAGCGAUGUCGGAUCUGUCACUCCAUUGUACCCCGAGAUUCAGGUGUGAGGCGGAAGUUGGAUGAAUUAGUCGGUGCGUCUUCUGUCUUGACAGUAGAUCAUGGAUACCACGCCUCAGAUUGUUUUGUGUUCUGCAGUGAGGUGUGUUUGAACAAAUUUAUCCACUUCAUUUCCUCUCACUCGCCUUCUGCUCACACUGCGCAGUUCAAUAGCAACGCUCUCGAACCAGCGGUAUCACUUGUUGAGUCUCGUCAGCACCCUCAACAGCUCGUUUUUGGUAGCAUGCCGGGUUCCAUUCCCGUCCUUCUUCAACAUCUGCCUCACAAGAGUCUUAAGUCCCAGUCUGGUGGACGCCGGAGUUCCUCACUCUCCAUGGGUAAGCGGAAAGUUUCCCCCAAGCAGAAGCGAUGGCGUGACGUGCGGUGGCGCAUAUACAAAUCCGACGUCUAUCAUGCGCGAAAGUUUGCCAGUGUGUCACACAUGUCUGCCGAAUGCGAGCCGCAGACUCCCCGGCUUUUGUGCACCGUCAUCCGUGAUCCUGAAGUUCCUGAUACACGAUCGUGCAUUCUGUGCGGUGCCAAGGGAGAUGGCAAUGUUUCUACGACGGAGCGCCUUCUCUGUCUUGGUCCUGACCGGUGGGUGCACCUAAAUUGUGCUCUUUGGUGUUACGACAUUUACGAAUCUGUGAGUGGUUCGUUGCACAGAGUGGAUGAAAGUAUCGAACGCGCAUUGAAAACUAACUGUUCACACUGUGGGAAAUUGGGUGCUGGUCUUCCUUGCUACAAUCCGAGAUGCUCUCUUGUCUAUCAUGUCCCCUGUGCUAUUAAUGUCGGAUGCAUGUUCUUCACUGAUCGUGGAAUGUAUUGUACGCGUCAUCAGCCGCGUGACUCUCAUCCAAUGCAACUAACCUCGCUGGUAGUGAAUAGGAAAGUUUACGUUACUCGGGAUGAGAGUUUACAAGUGGCAGACGUUGUUCGAGAUGAAACCUGUGCCUACCGAAUUAGAAUUGGAAGUCUUAUUCUGAACAGUGUGGGGCAGCUUCUGCCUCGCCAAAUCGAAAGUGAUCAUUUCCAUACACAGAAGUACAUCUAUCCUGUUCAUUAUUCAUCCACACGAAUUUACUGGUCUAUGCGACGUCCUGGUCAGCGUGCACUAUAUCAUUGUAAAAUUAAGGAACGAGAAGGUCGUCCACUCUUUCAAGUCACGGCCGUCGAUAAGGGUCUUCCAGAUAUCGUUCUUCAAAGCGUCAGUUGCAAUGACGUAUGGAAGGAAAUUGCAACAAAAAUUCGGCAGCUUCGAAGGGAGAAUGGUUUGAUACAGAAUUUCCCUGAAUUAAUUUGUGGUGAAGAUAUGUUUGGUCUAUCUGAGCCGCACGUUGUUCGAGCCAUUGAAUCCCUCCCUGGGGUAGAUAAUCUCAUUGAUUAUGCCUUUCAUUUUGGCCGCCUGCAGCUAAUAUCAGGUAUGCCACUGGCUGUCAACCCUUCCGGUUGUGCGCGUUCUGAACCAAGUUUUCUCACCUCUCUUCGACGUAGAAGGGCUUGUGCAAGUUCUCUUGAGAAGUCUCCUAUGAAAUCAGUUUGUUGCCAAUUUAGAAAUCCUGGACGUCAAUUGUCCGGCAUCUUUUCACAUACCAAUUUGCCUUCCACUUCUGAACCAUGGACUCGAAUUUCUAUAGAUCUGACGAUGCCAAAAAAUCCCACUCUUGUGAGCUGGUCACAUCAGUAUCGGCGCCUAAGGAGUGAAUUCAAUAACAAUGUCGCCUUUGGCCGAUCACGUAUUCAAGGCUUCGGGUUGUUUGCAGCCCAGGAUUUGGAACCUAACACAAUUGUCAUUGAGUACAUUGGGGAACUUAUUCGACUGGAGUUGGCUAACAAACGAGAGAAGGAAUAUGAGGCGCGCAAUCGAGGAAUUUACAUGUUCCGGCUGGGCGACAACAUGGUAAUCGACGCCACCAUGUGCGGAGGAUUAGCGCGCUACAUAAAUCACUCAUGCCAGCCCAAUUGUUUUACCAAAUAUGUUAACUUUGACAACGAGGGACACAUUGUGAUUAUUACCAAGCGAAAGAUAGAGAAAGGUGAAGAAUUGACUUAUGACUAUCAGUUUGAUUUGGAAGAUCGAACAAGCAAGAUACCCUGUCUCUGUGGUGCAGUCGGUUGUCGAAACCAUGUAAAUAUCCUUUCGUGCUUGAGGCGUGUACAUAAAGUGAGCAGGAUCUCUUACCACACCUGUCUAUACGAUUGCAUAAGUGUCACCGACCAGCGUGCUUCCUUUACCCUUCCCGCAUUGACAGCCCUUUUUGUUAGGACUGGUACACUUCUCGUGCUGAGACAUUCCUUACUCCUCUUCCUCCGCCCACUUCCAACUAUUACUACUGCGCUACACAAAUCUGAUGCUGCUCAAAUCGUCUUACACGACUGA